AUGGCUGACAUUCUUGAUCUGGAGGAUCCCCAAUUGGUUCUGGAGAAGCUUAUGCCAGAUGAAACGAUUCCUGCUGUGAUUUCACGGAUUAGAGAUGCACAGAGGGCCUUUGUCAAUGCUAGGCCAGACAAAUAUGAAGUCUCCACUUUUGAUGCAGAACUUUUUGUUGUGUGUCAUGUGACUGCCAAGUCGCUCUUUACUGUUCUUACUUCUGUAAUAACAUUAAAUGCCACCCCUGCCUAUUCCACCCUCACUGAGACCCUUCUUACCAAGCCUACCCUCACCCCUGGAGAUGUUGAAGCUGCCCUGGUCACUGCUGAAGAGACUAGGGCAGAAUCAUUGUCAAUUGCUGCUCUCAACACUUCCACCCCUCCCCAUCCUGUUCCUUCUUCCAAUCCCAAUCCCAAAUCAAAUUGUGAAUGCCACUUUUGUGAUGCCAAGGGCCAUACAACAAGGAACUGUCGGAAGAUGAAACAGGCUAAGGCUCAGGCUAAUCAGGCAAAUGACAGGGAUUCUCUGGCUGAGUUUGCAGGCAAUGCAAGUGCUCUCUCCACUCCCUCCAGCUCCUGA